AUGUCCCGCAUCCAUGUCCAAAGUUUCAUACUUGCUUUACCCCUCACAUUAUUUGUGCAGAACAUUCACGCAUUGAACCAGGACAUACUCAGGUUUCUCUUCUUCAACAAUGAGGAGUACCCACCGAUGGGCAGAUGUUUGCACGUGCUUGACCUCUUCCGGAAGGCCCUACUCGACACACACAACCAACCCAGAGAUGAAGCCCCCGAAUCUACAAAUCAAGGAGAAGGAAAAGCGAGAUCGAAAUUAAGGGUCGGCCACGACGUCGUCCGCCCAGCCACAGAGCUCCACGAGGCCGGCAUCCGCUUCAAGAAAAGCGAAGGAAAAUGUCUCUUGGCCAUCGACUUUGAUGAAGUCGGCGGCGAAUUGAAACUUCCCAAUUUCGUAGUUAAUGACCAUACUGAAUCAAGAUUUUUGAAUCUCAUAGCCUUCGAGCGUUGCCACAUCCCUGCUAUCAGCGACAUCACUUCGUUCAUCGCGUUCAUGAACUGCAUCAUCGACGACGGUCGGGAUAUCAAACUUUUGAGCUCGAAAGGGAUUAUCAACAACAUCCUUGGGACCGACAAGGAGGCAGCUGAUUUAUUCAACACAAUGUCCAAGGAUUUGGUACUUUGGAACGACCCCCUUUUCGACGUGUACCAGAAGCUUGUUGACUACAGCAAGAAGACUUGGCCUAAGCAUCGCGCCAAUCUAUCUCAAACUUACUUCACAAACCCGUGGGCAAUUAUUUCUGUCGUUGCAGCCUUCAUUCUAUUCUCUCUUACUUUAUUGCAAACUAUCUUUACCAUUCGAAAUUAAUUUGGACUGUGCUAGAUGUACCGAUGAGG